GAGUCGUUGUCCCUCCCUCACUAACUAGAGUUAAUCCUCCUCUCUCUAAAAGAGGAGUCUACAACAGAGCAAGAAAGAGAGAACAGGGGCGACCUGAGCUUUUUUACCUCCAAAACGACACAGCAAUGGCAAAGAGACUUGACAUCGUUUUUCUUGCAGUAAUAGCUGUUGCAGCUUUUCUGCAAAGCUCUGUGGCACAGACUUCCUAUACGGUGGGUGAUGCCUUGGGCUGGACCGUUCCUCCUAAUGGCCCCACAGUUUACAGCAACUGGGCUGCUGGCAAGACCUUCGCCGUUGGCGACAUUCUUGUCUUUAACUAUACAACCGGCGCCCACGAUGUAGCCAAAGUGACCAAGGCAGCUUUUGAUGCCUGCACUGUCGCUAAUCCCAUUUCCCUUAAAACGGACGGUCCCGCGAAUGAGACUCUCAGCGAGCCUGGGGAGCAUUACUACAUCUGCACCGUUUCUAGCCAUUGCAGCUUGGGUCAGAAGUUGGCAAUUAAUGUCUCUGCAGCUACUUCUCCGGCCCCUCAACCCAGCACUCCUCCACCGGCCACCACUCCAACAGCACCAACUCCGUCUGCUUCUGCUCCACCGCCCAGCACUCCUUCACCAUCGCCAUCCAGCGCCACCCCUCCAUCCUCCGCCGCACCUGCUCCUUCCCCCACUGCCACGCCUCCAUCCCCCACUGCCACGCCUCCAUCCCCCGCCGCCUCUCCUCCAUCCCCCGCCGCCUCUCCUCCAUCCCCCACCGCCUCUCCCCCAGCCCCGCCCACCACGCCACCAGCCUCCAGCACCACUCCACCACCCUCCAGCGCCACUUCACCCCCCAGUUCUUCACCUCCACCUCCAAGCUCUGCUACAUCGCUCGGGUUGGGUAGCUUAUCUGCUGGCUUCUUGUCCAUCGUCGUAGCCUUGUUGUAUUAGACGUGAUUCUGGUCCAGAAUCACUGCGAAUCAUUUUACAUAUGUGAUUGUUAUUAUUCGGAUUGAGAUUUUUUUGGGGUUCAAUUUCUCAUCAUAAUAAAGCUGUUUUUCAUAUUUCCGAA